CAGUAAUCCUAACAGCGAUCCACUUUCGUGGCAAUCCCACGCCACGCACAUUCCAGCGAUAAGCAGCGCUUGCCGGCUUGAUACUCUGGUGCCAAGGCUCGUGCCUGGACGAAAUAGAUGUCACCGAAAGCAGAAAAGAAUCUCGCAACUUUCCGAGUCACAAGUGUGCCUGAAUGUCUGGGACAUGUUUUGUCUCGCAUUCCCCGGAUGUAGUGGCGAUGCCGUGUGGAGAUAUAUAUCUCUCCGUGGGAUUUGAGUUUUCCAAAAUCGAGGAAUGCGGCCAAUUCUAAUUCGUCAUAAUAGGCCCGUUGUUGAAACGAUCCCGUGGUCUCGAAGCACGAGUCGCGCAGAUAAGAAGUGCCCGAGCCCCGAUUUCUGGUGGACCCGUUCCCUCUAGACUGGAAUUAAUUACGUCUUGCGCGUCCUCAGUCGAGAGCUUGAGACAAAUAAUCCUCCCCAGUAAAGCGCCAGUAAAGCGGUGAUGACUUCGCCGGCACCCCAAGGCCAGAACGGCGGCGUGCUCGUUGGUUCGUCCAAGGAGACAUUGGACGGGGAGCGUGGAGAUAUCGCGCCAUCACCGCCGCCUUUGGACGAGAAGAAUGCCGAGAAACGGGAGCUGCAGGCCGAGGAGGUCGAAGACCAGCUUCCCUUCGCCUUCUCGAAGCUGUACAAGUGGUGGAUCCUGACCGUCAUCUUCUUGGUCCAGAUGUCCAUGAACUUCAACACAUCGCUGUACUCCAAUGGCCUCGGCGGAAUCUCUGACAAGUUCAAUGUCAGCGAGCAGGCCGCCCGUGUGGGCGCCGCCAUCUUUCUCAUCUUCUACGCUUUUGGCUGCGAACUGUGGGCACCCUGGUCCGAGGAGUUCGGACGCAAACCGGUCCUGCAGCUCUCGCUGUUCCUCGUCAACAUCUGGUGCCUGCCCGUCGCCCUCGCGCCCAACUUCGGCAGCGUACUGGUCGGCCGUGCCCUGGGCGGCCUGUCCUCGGCCGGCGGCAGCGUCACUCUGGGCAUGAUUGCCGACAUGUUCGACUCGGAGCACCAACAAUAUGCCGUCGCCUACAUCGUGUUCUCGUCUGUCGGUGGCUCUGUUCUGGGUCCCAUUGUCGGCGGCUUCGUCGAGCAGUAUUUGGCAUGGCAGUGGACCAUCUGGAUACAGCUCAUCGUCGGCGCUUUUGUGCAGGCUCUCCACCUGCUUACCGUGCCCGAGACGCGGACCAACAUCGUGCUGGACCGCAUCGCGAAGAAGCGCAGAAAGCUCGGCGAGGAUGUUUGGGGCCCCAACGAAAUCGAGUCCUUCCGGGAACGCUUCACGUUCAAAGACAUUGUGCACACCUGGAUGCGCCCCUUCCGAAUGUUCCUGACUGAGCCCAUCGUCCUGGCCCUGUCGCUGCUGUCGGGUUUCUCCGACGCCCUCAUCUUCAUGCAGCUCCAGUCCUUCUCCCUCGUCUAUGCGCAGUGGAACUUCAACAGCUACCAGACCGGUCUGGCCUUCGUCCCCUUUGGCAUCGGCUACCUCAUUGCUUGGGCUCUCUUCAUCCCCGCCAUCAAGCGCAACAAGAGGCAGCGUGCGCUGCACCCCGAGGACGAGCGCAAGCAAUACGAAUCCCGGAUGGAUCUGCUGCUGCUCCUCGCCCCAUGCCUACCGAUCGGCCUACUCAUCUUUGCCCUGACCUGCAACGGUCCCCCGGUCCACUGGGUCGGAAGCAUGUUCGGCAGCGCCAUCAUCGGGAUUGCCAACUAUUCCAUCUACAUGGCCACCAUCGACUACAUGAUCUGCGCCUAUGGUCCGUACUCAGCCUCCGCCACUGGCGGCAACGGCUGGGCUCGUGACUUCCUGGCCGGCGUUCUCACCGUACCCGCCACGCCCUUUUAUUCCAACAUCGGCAGAUCAAACCACAAGAACCUCUCUAAUGCGACCUGGAUCUUGUUCGCCAUUUCCUGCAUUCUCGUGGGCGCCGUCUACGGCGUCUACUGGAACGGUCCCUACCUGCGCAAGCGGUCUCCCUUCGCGCAGAGCCUAGCCGAGGGUGUCGACACGGAACACCACAAACGGAGGCUCAGCAUUCCCCACCAGCCGGUGGCACGGAUCGGGCCCGGCUCGCGGAGGAGCUCGUACAUGGCAGCGCACGAUGCAGCGAGGCGGAACGCUAGCCGGGCUACAACCCCAGCGACGAGCCGGCAACCGAGCCCGGAGAGGGCCGCGGUGACGCCGCAAACUACAAGGCAUGCAACAUCCGAAAAGCUAGCUAAACUUGGGACGAUACCUAGCUCGGGGGUGUAGGCAUGUGCGCCAUAUGAUGAUGUAUGAUUGCUUUGUCGAAACAGGGAGAGGAGAGAGGAGUGAAGAGGAAGAAAUGCAAUGUCCCCGCUUGGUGGCCCUUUUGUUUGCUGGAACAUCUGAUUUGGUUUCCUGUCAACAGCAACUGAUGCAUUGUAUUGUAAAAUAGAUAGAUUAGAACGCAGGAUUUCGUCCCAAG